CUACGCCCGUCCUGACAUCACAUCCCGUUCUAGGCUGCCGGAAAGAAUAUCGCCGUUGUUCUGGAGGCAGGCAUUCAAGCUUAGCGCUCUGCUGACGCGCACUGUCACGCGUCCCACUUCUGCGGGGAUCUUUUCCGAUCCAGCUUACAGCUCUCGCUCUCCAAGCUUCCGGAGCAUCCCCGGUUCACCUUCAAGGCCAGCACGAUGUCGUCCAGCACAACUACUGUUCGCCAGACCACCACAGUGACAACGUCCGGUUCGUCGCCAGUAGUUGCCCUGUCGGUGAAUACAGCGUUCCUGACAAGCAUCGGAGGCAUUCUCACACUGCUUGAGCUGAUCCUCGGCAUCAUCGUGUUCAGCCUGUGCUACCAGUACUCCGGUUACAGCUCGGGCAUUUUUCUCAUGCUCAUCUCAUUUGCCUACUGGCUCAUCUCGUUGUACAUUCUGCUGUCCGCCUUCUUGUCGAUGUCGGGGACGGUGCUUUCCAGCACAUUUUUCUAUUUCCUGUUCCACGUGUUCGGAAUGUUGCUGUAUGCUGCCGGUGGCAUCGCUGUCCUGGCUGAAGUUACCAGAUUUAGCUCCUCGGGCUACAUUGCUUCGGGGGCUAUGGGACUGAUAGCGGCCAUUUGCCACGUGGUGCACGUGGCUUUCAUCUACAAGGGACCCAAGCUGUAGUCGCCAGAGAGCUUUAGUGCGGCUGAGCGCAAUGAUUCAUGCACAUUGAACCCGGACCACUCUGUGUUGUGAUGGGCGUAUGAUUACUCCACUGCCAUAAAGCUUACACACGAAUAUGUUUGCAGACGCCUUGAAACAUACAGGUUUACUAGAGCUGUUAAAUAAAGUCGUUUGUUGAAUAGGCCCAAA